UCUCUUCCUAACUUAAAGCUGACUUCAGCGUGUUGCGAAACAUCGGGUUUUUUCACCUUGUAGAAUUAAGCCUACUCUUUCCCACUCUAAGGUAGGAUUGUUUUCACGAAAAAGGACAUCGCAGAAUCUUGAGACAGGAAACCAAAACGGGAAUGAAGUAUUCACCCAAUUAUGCAGUAGUUUUCUUUUUGUGUGUGAUAUGUGCCGGUGUUGCAUCACUAAAUGGAACCAUCUCGCCCACCUCCACUCAACAUGGAGUCUCUGGUGCGGCCACAAAUGGGAUAGGAACCACGGCAAAUAUCGUAACCAUCGGGUUGACUGGGCAAACCGGCGCUAAUGCAUCAAUGCCAUCAACUGAUGCUACCACAUCCUCGGUCUCAGGCCAACAUGGCGCAACAGCGUCAGCCUCAAAUGUUUAUACAGUCAGCCCAUCUCUCCAGGCUCAAAACCAGACCACUCGGGCUUCUAUGAAACCAACGAGAACCCCAGCAACGAACCCACCACCCAAUGGCUUUCUGAGGUUCCUCCAACAGGCUUUGACUCCAGACAAUAUUGAAAAGCUCCUGGAUUUUGCAUCGUCCAUAGACGAACCACUGAAGAGCCUCAUAAUUACCAACAAAGACUUCAUUGUAAAAAACGCAGUGCCGAUUUUGCAACAAUUUUUGCAAAAUGGUAAUCAGGGAAACGGGAAUUUACCAGCACAAUUCUCAUCUCUGUUAAACAAUAGUGCCUUGGCUGGUAUAGUGCAGGGAAUGGACAUGGCAACUGUAAUACAGAUGAUUUUACCCAGUGCGCUCUCUUCUGUCACCGGCUUCAAAAACGUGUCUGGCCAGUGCCUGAGAGAUAUCAGCUUCGUGGUCAGUGGUCUUGCAACUGGACAGCAAUGGGCACUGCAAAUGUUCGAUUCAUUUGCCAAGCUGCCAGCCGGAGUCAUGUACGGAGAUGCACAUUGGUUAGGCCAGUACUAUGAAUGUAUGCGAGUGAAAGCACACAUCAAAGAUGCACCCUUGGCCGGGUUGGCUCGGGGUGACCACAGCUUCAACGGUGAAUACUGUAGGGCCUAUAUUACCGUGCCAGCUUCUGUCCUGCCUGCAAACAUAGCUGGGAUGACUGGAGCCACUGGCGGUUCAAUGGAGAUUUCCCUCGGGACGUGUCUUCCAAGCACGUGCACUUCCGGCGACUUGACGGCCAUGUUAAAACAAAUAAUGUCGCAGCUGAAGACACGCGCAGUGUGUGAGAAAGAUAAAGUGCAACACCUUUCUAGUGAUCCUACAGCCAUAGCUUGCAUCUGCCUACUUAUGGUGUUUGGCAUGGCCGUGCUCACUGGGACUCUGUUGGAAGGCUUUGGACUGGACAAAAUGAUGGUAACGGAGAGCCAAGAAAAAGAUACUUUGAAACUGAAUGAUAUGGCGGCUAACACAGACAAUGCCGCGCUCUCUUUAGAAAACCCGAAAAGGGCAGAAGCGCCAACCGCUAUACGUCUCCUCACUGCCUUCUCUCUGUACACGACUCUGCCCCGGUUGCUAAGCACCCACCAAGGAAGCGCCGCCAUUACGUGUAUCAACGGCAUCCGGGUAAUGAGCAUGGCCUGGAUUGUUCUGGGACACACGUAUUCCACGCUCAGGGGGAACAUGAGUAAUCUUCUUGGUGCUAUGAAGAAAACCGAGGAUUUCUCGUUCCAAGCAAUCACUAAUGCCGUUUACUCCGUGGAUACGUUCUUUCUUCUCAGCGGUGUGUUGGUAGCCUACUUAUUCCUGCGGCAGUUACGCAGAGAAAAGGGCCCUCACGUGAAGUCCAUGGUGAUGUAUUAUGUGCAUCGAUACACAAGGCUUUCCCCGCUGUAUUUCAUGCUGUUGUUUUCCUCUGUUGCCCUGAUGCCGUACAUGGGAAGUGGUCCUCUAUGGCCACUCACGUACCCCUUCAAAGACCCGGCCUGUAGUGAAAACUGGUGGACCAAUAUCUUAUACGUCAAUAACAUUGUUCGUCCCGAGAACAUGUGUUUCCCCAUUAGUUGGUAUGUGGCCAACGACUUCCAGUUCUACGUGAUUGCGCCGCUGUUUAUAUUGCCACUGUUCUGGAAACCAGUAGUUGGUGUUAUUUUUGUUGUCGUUGGGUUGGUAGCAAAUGGACUGGCCGGCGGGUAUGCGUUAGAUGCUUUGUAUAAAGGCGGGGAUUUCAGUGAGAGGAAGUUUUUAACUGACUACUACAUGCUUCCCUGGUGCCGCGUGGGUCCGUACCUAGUGGGGCUCGUGGUGGGAUAUAUACUGUACAAAACUGACCUAAAGCUGAAAAUGCAUAAGGCCGUUGUUGCCCUGGGUUGGUUCCUGUCUGUAAGUCUAGUCACCGUAAUAGUGUAUGUGAAAUAUGAUGAAGUGAAGAACGGUUACUGGGAGCUGGAACCCAAUAUUGCUUACACCGUGGUCACCAAGCCCUUGUGGGCAGCGGCCCUGGGGUGGAUCAUAGUGGCCUGUGCCACGGGAUACGGAGGUUUCAUCAACACCAUCUUGUCCUGGUCACCAUGGGUACCACUGGGUCGUCUGACGUAUGCAGUCUACCUCGUCCAUAGUUACAUCCAGGUCGUCUACGUGUGGGGCGGCCGGACCACCAACAUCACUGUGUCCGACUUCAGUCAGACGAUCUUUUUUACUGCCUUCCUGGUCCUAUCCUAUGUGGCCGGUCUGGUCGCCUCUCUCCUUUUCGAGGUUCCCAUGCUCGGUGUGGAGAAGAUAUUGUUAAAGAAAUAACCACGAUGGCUCGAGAACAAUUCAACAAUCUGAACAGAAUAUGCGUUACUUAAUUCUUGAAAUUGUCUAUAACAUAUCGCCUAUACCUGGUCUGUAAAGUACCCUUAACACACAAUUCUAGAAAAUUACCACCAGACGGCUCUGCAUGGCAACUGCCUGAGUUCUAAAUGUCAUGAUAAGCUGGGCCUAAACUGUUUUAAUUAUUAAUAAGUAAUGAUUUGUAUAGCAUAUACCUAUCAAGACAGAUUUAUUUAUACACUCCAAGGUGCAAAAUCAUAUUAAUAUACAAUAUACAUUGGCUUACUGUUAUAAAACAAAGGUAUAUAUUACAUAAAAGGAAUAUUUGAAUAUUUGAAGGGUGGAAGAGAGGUGAUGGCAGUAAUAUUGAGAUUCGAUUGCUUAUACACUUAUGUACUAAUUACUGUUGAGGGGAACAUAUAAUUUGGAAGAAACUUUCUUAUACUUGGGACCUUGUGUUUUCCAAGUGCCGUAGAUGGUAUUAAAAUUCAGUUCAUGUGUUCGAUUUUAUAUAUCGAAAGCCAGAAACCGCUUAAGCAUACCCAAUAUUUUUAAAUAUAAAUAUAUAUAAACAAGACAUGUAUUUAGCAAAAGGACCGGUAAUAUGGAUGUGUUUUGUUAAACCUGGGAACAAAGAAAACAGUAGCAAAUUCCACAGUUUGCAAAAUCAUACAUCUACUGUUACUUAGUAAAAAUUAGACAUUGUACAUUUGCAAUUAAGGAUAGUCUUCAAUAGCGAUUUUAAUAGAAAAUAUUAUAGGGAAAUUGAAUUCCAAUAAAUGAAAUGCACUUCUAUAUAAAUUAAUAUUCAGUGUACAGCGUACUAGUACAUCUGCAUUUUUAGUUGUGUUUAAAUUUUUUAAGUUUUCAAGAUUUGGGGCCAGUACAGAGCCAGCCCAGAAAACUGUUUGGGAUUUGGAAUUGUGUAUGCUAUACUAUAGUGUAUACUCCAAAAAAUGUAGAUAUCUUUGGAAUACAUGUGCAGUACUAGAGGCCCUUGUGAUAUCAAAUGGGUGAACGACAGCGCCUGUAGGCGCCAGAUUAGGCCUACAUGUAGAGCUCGGGGACCGAAUUUCAUCAGAGGACCAGACCCGUAAUAGCCGUCAGCUAUUCAAAUGAAAAUUCAAAUGUAGAAUCAAUCAGAUAAUUACAGACUAAAUACUUAUAUGGUUGCCCGCAGGAAUUCUUUGAGACUCAUCGAUGCUAUUUGCGAGAACGAGGCUCUGUGGUGAGCUGACGUCACUCAUGCAAAAGAGAUCAUUUUUAAUGCCAAGGCAAUGAGUCAAAUCAGAGUAAAUCACCGUGCACGACAGGAAGACGACACAAAUCAUGCCUGUUCUGAGAACAGUGACUGCAAUUCUAUUAAUUUAUUUGGCACUAGUGGGAGUGAAUUUCUCAGAAACUAAAACCGUUUCUGGUCACGUAUACGUCGACAACUAUUUUAAACUGUACGUAAACGGGGGAUUCAUAGCAGACGACACUCUGUUUAUUCCCCAUACCGCCACCGCCGUCAGCUUCGAGGUGGAGGAUGGCGGAGAGAACGUGUUCGCCAUUUGGGCAGCGGACAACGCGGAUAACCUGACAACUCUGGAGUACAAUGACACCCAAGUGGGAGACGGCGGGCUAAGAAUGAUCCUUGAUGACGGCACGGUUACCAGCUCAGCGUGGAAAUGUAAGACGUUCUUCAGGGGUCCAAUAGACCUGAACUGUGCCUCGGGCCCGAAACCUUGGACCACUUGCCGUGGCGAGCACUUCACCAUGCCAGAAAACUGGUGGACCAAAAAUUUCACUGCGGACGAUACCUGGGUCUCCGCCACCGAGUUCACGGACCAAGAGGUAGGGUGGGGGCGAGCGCCACAGGAAGGGGAGGGCAUCAACCCUCGGACUAUAUCUUGGGGUCAGUCCAAGUUCAUCUGGACAAGCUCCCUGCUGUAUGACAACACUGUCAUUUGUCGAUACACGACACCUGCGACAACUGGGGACGGGACGUCACAAAGGACACGACUUUCAGGGUUGACCUACGCUGUGAUGUUUUUGUCAUUGUUGAGCAAAUUAUUUUAAAUUUCGACUUCUAGUACAGAUUUCAUCUACUGUGCACAGACCCUAUACCAAGACGACUGAGGGAUUCAUUUCACAGCUGUUGUGUGUCCGUUUUCACUUGCGCACGUUUUUGAGAUGGCUCAUUUGCGUGUGUCCCUAUGUGCAUGUGCGCAUACUUUAUGGGAGCUAGUAUACCUGUACUCCAUUGUGUAUUGGUUUGCGCUUGUGUAACAGACUGGACAGCAGGCAGUGGACCAAACAUGAGUCGGUGGCGUGAACGGCUGCAGUUACUUUCUACUCAUAAUAUUUGUUUAUUGUUGUCACGAAUAAGCAUCUUUAUAAAAAUGUGGUUCGGACCAACGACAAAAACCAAGUAAAUAAGUCUAGCACAAUGUCAGCCUCACAUAUAC